UGUUUCAGGAUGUUUUAAAUACCUCAUUCACAUUAUGUAGUUUUUACCAACAGUAGAAAUGUUCCAAAUAGAAAAGACUCUGUGUUAAGUGAAGCCAAAUCAUGACAUAACAUUAAAAUAACUCUGUAUGGCUCCUGGUAUGUACUUGUUAUGCCCGUAAUAUAUCAAUACUAAGUCAAGCCAAUUCCCGUUUUUUUUUAUGUGCUGUCCCUCACUGCCAUGGUCAUACAACUCAACAAAAAAACAAACAAAAUUGCAACAUAUAGGAACUUGAGACAUGCAGUAUACAUUUCAAACAUCUCUAAGCAAUAUGCGAAAUUACCAAAUUUCAACUGAUUCUGAUAUGGCAAGUUGUCUUACUGACAAGGAAAUUAGUCAUUAAAUAUGUCACAUUCUGGCCUCAAGUCAGGAGGAAAAAAGGUGCCACUUAAACUUAAAGGAUCUUAUUGCAAUAAUACUGAAUGAUCUCCACUCUUUCAGACUCUCACAGUACACCUCCCAGGGCUGUAAUUGGCAGCUUUUCAAAGGAGUGGUGAAUGAAGGAGUCAUUGGUGGCAGUUAAAUGCUUCAUACGACGCCCGAGUCCAGAGGCCAUUCCCCCGCUGUGACGUGGAUGUUGGCAUUGACGUUGUCCUCCUCAGGGUCAGAGGUCAGGGUGAAGAGCCUGCAUGGACACAGAGGGAUACUGAAUGAAGAUGUACCGAUUCACCUCCAUACUGAAGUGGUUUUCUUUCCAUCUACAACUCCCGAGUCUUGGAGGUGAGGCAUCAGCACCUGUACAACCAGAGGGGGAGGAGUCCUGGUGCUCCAGAUGGCGCUUGGGAUCAGGUGGAGAGAGAAAUCCGCCCAGCCUAGAGAGGAGAGGCUGCUGAGCUCCACAUACAGGGGUCAGUGAACGCAACACCAGGCAGCUCAUCACCGACGCCGACUCUUCCACUGGGAUUUCACCGGACUAACCCGCCGACUGCUGGCUGGUCCCGGUCCAAGCUGCAGCUGUGGAUCUGUGACGUGAAAUCACUCUGCAGAAGAAUCUGAAGCUACGGAUUAAUUCACUUAAGAGGAAGACGGAAGACGGCAGGAUGCUCUGGCCACUGCUCUGUCUGCUUCCUCUGGCGGGCUGCGGCGCGGCGGUCCCUCAGAACAUCACAUACAAAGAAGGACUGGAUUACGAGGCAGUUGCCGUAACAACGAGGCCUCACAUCUUCAACUGCCGCUCACCCAGCAUGGAGGAUUUCACCUGCUGGUGGCUCCCAGUGGACAACCUGACGGACGUCACCUACGUCCUCACCUACAACAUAGAAAAGGGGCCCACACUCGAAUGUCCCGACUACACGACCGCCGGUCCCAGCAGCUGCCACUUUGACAAACGCCACACAUACGUCUGGAAGGUCUACUGUAUGAACGUGACCGCCAUCGCCGCCCAGAGGAACUACACUUCCCAGCAGCACUGCCUGGACGUGGCAGAUAUAGUUCAGACCGAAGCUCCCGUUAACUUGACCUACUCGCUGACAGACGCCGGCGGCCACGAAAUGGGCCACAGUGCACAGCUGUCCUGGCAGUACCCGGUGCCCUCGCACCUCCAGUACGGCUGGAUCACGCUGCUCUACGAGCUGCAGUACAGACGCGUCACCGAACCCGACAACUGGAAGGUGAAGUACCCACUGCGCGAGCCUCAUGUGACGCUGCUCGGCCUUCCUGUCAGCGACUACGUGAUCAGAGUGCGCUGCCGUUCACAGAACUACGGCUUGUGGAGCAAAUGGAGCCUCACGCUGAUUAUGAGCAUUCCCUCCAAGACACCUGCAGGAAAACUGCUGGGGCUGAUUCUGGUGACGGGCGUUGGUGUCAUGGCUCUGCUGGUUAUCGCCUUUGGUUUUGUUCCACAGAGUAGAAGGUUAAAGGAGUAUUUCCUGCCGCCAAUCCCGAAACCUCGGAUCCUGGGCAUCGACCCUCAGCUCCUUAAGAAGGGGCAUCUGGAUGAAAUCAACUUCCACCUCAGUAACUUCCACAGUUACACACCGCCGAGCUACACCAAGGAAAUCUGGGAGCAGGUCAGUGUGGACAGCGUUUGUCUCACCGCACCGAAAGACUCCGGUGUUCCUGCAGACUCCACGGACGAGGAGAAAGUGUCUCUGAUCGUUCCGUGCGACGCGAAGCCCGUCGCUGCUCGCCAUGAGUUCGUGAACCAAAACCCAGCGUCAUACGUGCAGAGUCUGUCGCCCUAUUGCUCCUCACAUCCCGGAGCCUUUGCUCCACCGCUGCUCAUCCCCGCUGCCCUGCCUCGACCUGAGCUGCAGGACUACAACGUGAUCGGACAAGAAGACUCACUCGCCGCACCUGAUGUCGCCACCCGCCGCACGCCGCCCGAUCUGUACACCUGUGUCCACCUCGUCAACGACAGCAGUCAGCUGCAUCUGGUGCCGUACAUCGCGAUGCCGUACUGCAGGGAGUUCCCGACUCUGCCCGGCGACGGUUCAAACAGAGGUGAAAAGGAAGAGGAGGAGGAGAAGAAGAAGCUAGCGGAACACCACGCCAAGGCCUGUUUGAUGAAAUCGAGGGAUGACGCCAAGGCCGAGAUGAGCGAGGCGUCUGUCCCUCUGCUGCCUGUUGCCGUUGACAACAAGUGCUAAACUUUAGCACUAUGAUGAACACUGCGGGAUGUGCUGGAAUAUGGUAAACGGUGUGAAUCAGCUUUGAAGCUUGAAAAUAUCCCAAUCCCAGUUCAACGAACUCUACAGGAGAAUGUUUCUGUUGCAAUAACGUGUUGCAUUGAGGUGACAAACUCUGGACCGUGACCUUUCUGUCUUUGGAGUCUUUUAUCCCACACAGAAGCCGUUAAUACCUUUCACAGUCUGAGUCUGUGGUUUGUUAGAGCCACGGGUGACCGAGAUUUUAAGAUUUUCACGAUGACAUUGCGGGUGAAAGAACGUAAAAAUUCAAAAAGGAGAGGGUUGUAAAUUUGCCUCCUGUAUAAAACAAACAAAGAAGAAAAACAGUAUCUGUCUAACCUCUCAUUUAGGGUUGUGUAUCUUUCUCAGGAUAAAAACAGAAAAACUGCAAAGUCAUGUUCCUCUUUCCAGUUGCUCUGUUGGUUAUGCAGCGAGGCGACCGCUAGCCUCCCCCAUCCUGCAUUUAACCAAGUGUUUCACACAAGACAAUAAGCUGCUUUUCAUAUAUUAGUUUUCCUGCUGUGGUUUCUAUGUGUCGCCAUACAAACAGUUGCUGUUCAACUCACAAAGAAAUUGCAUUUGAAAUCCUGUUAAUGUUACCAUUUUUCUGGUAGUUUCCAAGUUAUUUAUAUCUGUUGUCAUACUUUAUCGUGCCCUUAAAAGCUCAGUUAUCUUUUUUCUUUUUUUUCACAACCGUCCACCCCAGACGGUGUCUCCUUACAAACCUCUGUGUGUCUUUUGCGUCGCUAAACAAGCUCGCAUAGAAAUUACAUUUUAAAUCCUGAAAGACUCCUGUUAAUAUUACCAUAUUUCUGAUUUUUUUUUUUAGGUUUUUGUACACUACAUGUUGAGAUACUCGCAUGUGCCAGCUCAUUAUAGUCCAGAGGAACACCUGGCACGAACCUCUACUUGUGCCACAUGGAAUCUGCAAUUAUAAUGUUAGACUUUAAGAUCCUCGCCCUAAACCUCCAACCUCAUAUUAGAUUUUAUUUAAACUGCUAAUUGUCCCACUGAACGCUGGUGGCUUUAAACAUGCUGUGUGAGUUUUUUUUGUUUUUUCCUUUGCUUGUUGUCUCAACUGAUGCUGUAAACUCAGGUGUUGUGGAAACUUUCUGUGGUGACAUUUUUCCUUGCUUUGCAUUGCCAACUGAGAAAUACUGUAAA